UCAGACAAAUCCGGUAGUAUUUUUAUAUGUAUAAAAAUAUUCUAAAAUUGUGUGCUGCUAGUGUCCGGCCAGACCGCGGAGGAGUGCUACUGCACUAGGGGAUUCGCAACCCUCCGGUCCUCUCAUGCGACUGCGUUUAAUUAAAUGGUCAGCAUAUUGUCUAAAAUAAUUACUGAUAAAUUAAGCGAAUCCAUUUUCGAAUGUUUAGCUGGUCUGAGAAAAUUGUGUGUUUGGAGCUUGGGCUAUUCAUUUUUUAUUGCUUACAUUUUCAAGCGGGUUAAAAAUUUCAAGGGGGUUUAUUGAACCAUUUUUAUUUGUCACAAGGAAGUGCACUCGCUACUUGCCGAGUAGCGACUCGGCAUCCGAAAAGACUGAAGCCUUUUCAGUUUUCUAUUAAUUUUUGACAAAAUAGUAUUGUUGUUUUAGUUGCAUACAGUUUUUAGUUAUGUACAAUAAUACAAUUGUCACCCACUUCUUUGUUAAGAUCCCGGGUUUCAUUGUUGUCAAUCUUGAAAUAUAAAGUAUUCCGGUCAAUUAAAUUGUCCUCAUUUUCGUUUGAAAAUUCGCUCGCAACCCAUCAUUAUUGCCGAUAGCUUCCUAGUUUUAUACGCUCGCUCGUGCGAAAGUCAUUUUCAAAUCAUAUUUUACAACUACUAAUACUACUCAUUCUCGAAGUUGAAAUCUUGAACGUUUUUAAAAUUAUUAACAUCAUUGUAUUUUCAUCAGAGUUCUUGAUGUCAUAACUAUUCGUGUUGAUUCAGUCAAGAAAUUUUUCUACAACAUCGUAAACAGCUAUUUUUGAAACACAGGAGACUGCGAUGGGUCGGUACAAAGUGCUUGAGGCCAUCGGAGAAGGUUCGUUCGGGAAAGUAUUUCGAGGCGAAUGUCGCGACACGCAGCGCAUAGUUGCACUGAAAUUCAUCCCGAAACAUUUGAAGGGCGACAGCGAGCUGAUCAGCUUGAGGCGGGAAUGCGAGAUACAGCGUGGCUUAUUCCACCCAAACAUCGUGCUCAUGCUAGACUCGUUUGAGACUGAACGCGAGGUGGUGGCCGUAAGCGAGUAUGUCCCGCAGCAGCUGUGUGCGUUGCUGCAGGCUAACGGGGCGUUAAACGAAGUCAUGGUUCGCGGUAUAGCGUGUAAUUUGGUAUCUGCUUUGUAUUACCUCCACUCUCACCGAAUUGUUCACCGAGAUAUAAAGCCCCAGAAUAUCUUACUCACUGAAUCUGGUACUGCUAAGUUGUGUGACUUCGGGUUUUCAAAAAAGAUGGAAAUCAAUACGUAUGUAUUGGAAUCGAUUAAAGGCACGCCGCUGUACAUGGCUCCAGAGUUGAUAGAACAACAACCUUACGAUCAAAAGGCUGACUUAUGGUCUCUUGGAUGCAUUUUAUUCGAGUUACUGACGGGGACUCCUCCAUUCUGCACCAAUUCUAUUGUCCAUCUCAUUGAGAUGGUCCGCACAAAACCCGUCCAGUGGCCUACUGGCUGUUCUAGGAACUGUGUUGAUUUUCUGCAAGGCCUACUCCAGAAAGACCAGGACAAACGUUUAGAGUGGCCUGAUGUUCUUCAGCAUCCGUGGGUGUCAACUGGUAUAACGGUUGUGCCACACAAUCCCCGAAUAGCGUCUCUCACUUCUCCUCUGACGCAGUCGCAGCAGCAAGUCAAGGAACACCAGAAACAACAGCUCGUCCUUCGUAACAUGGGCCAGCCGAACCUCUUACCGAAGGCUUUAUCCCGAAAAUACUUCAGCGAGGCGCAAGUUGUGCCUGACCUAGAGGCAAUGAAGCUGGAUGCACCAAAAGACAAUACAACUGGAGUUGCCUGUCAGUCCCGAGUAAAAGAAAGUAUCUUCGGAGAAAAGUUGUCUUCGUCGCUCAAUAAUCUUCCUAAAAUUAGUUCACCCGAAGUUUUGCAAGAUACAACCGAAAAUAAGCAAACCCUCACGUGGUUUCCUCACGGUAGCGCAACCAGCAAUGCUUCUGCUCAACGAGAAAUUGAAUGCAUGUCGGGCACUGAAAUCAAGCAAUCUGAGGGCAAAGAUUAUAAUUCAGCAGAAAAUAUUCAAUGUACCGCUGAUAGAAAGUCUUCUGGUACUUCCAGGCGAGACAGUAGAGUAUCAUCGGAAUUAUUAGACGACAAAACAGAAAAUUUGAGUGUCGCUCCAACUGUUACGCAGUCAAUGAAGAAAACCGAAACUUUGGGGUUGGCCGCUAUUGAAUCAGAUAUUCAGGAAGAAGAAUGGAUCCACUUUCUCCAUCAAACAAUUGCCGAUGUUAUGGGCGGAAAUUUCGAUGUGUAUACGCAGCCAGGAGAACUUGCCAUGUUUGUGUCUCCUUUGAGGAAUUCUACAUGCCCACUUCAAGUCGCCGAAAAAAUUGCUAUAUUUUUUAUGUUGCCAUUCGUUCUAAAACCAGAUGAAGACGUUUUAUCUGAGAUCUGUAAUGGCUAUUUACAACAUAAGGUUGUUUGCAACUUGAUUUACGCGUGCAAGCAAGUAAAGAAAGAAUCUCCUGCUUCAACCGUCUCUGACGACCUAGAGAAAGAGCAAAUCGAGGCCAUUAAUCAGAUGCUAUUAGUCGUGUGCCACUUGGUUCACCUGGACCAACCUUUGAGUACCAGAUUUCUGAACCAGUUGUGUGAAGCAAUAUGCGUACUCGAGUGCCAAACAAUCCUUGGACAGUGUCUUUUGUGUUCAGCGGCAUCAUCACAACUGCUUGCUAGUAUACUGGCUAUAAUGACGCAAAUUUUACGGAGUGACGACCCGUCUCCGGGAGUAGAGUUGGACGGGAUAGUGCGGUCGAUUAUAGCGGCCGCCGCUCCUGUCUCGGCUACUGAACAGAAUUCAGAGGAAACCGCCCUACGAUUCCUGCUCAUGUCCCUAUUGACGCACACCGCUGCUUUGGUGCGGAGUCGUUGCAGUACUCUACUGGCGCACCUAACUUCUCGUUGCAGCGCCCUGGUGUCGCGGUCGCUGGCAGGACAGCACAAGGUGCUGUGUGAUCUCAUUAACCUCGAGAACGAUCCCAACCGCAGCGUGUGUAAAGCUGCGUCAUUUGCCCUCACUCGACUGCAGCAACACACGACGCUCCUCAAGCAGCCAGCAUAAUAAAAACCAUCCAGUCUGCAGUUUUUAUUAUAAAACAUUAAUUAUAACGUACAAAUUGAACGUCUACAGGGUAAAUUGUAACAACUUUAAUACGUAGAUGGUUAUGACUUGCCUUUUGAGACAUAAUUCUCAAAAUUUCGUGAGCUAUAGAAUAUCUUCAUUGCCGUUUCUCUUUAGUAGCUUAGUUCUGCGUGAUCAGCGUUAGUCUUGACCAGUUCAACUGAACUGUAACUAGUUCAUUUAUGAACUAAAUUCAUAGGGAUAUAAUUAAUUAUCCUUGCGUUUCUUGUGGCCUAAACCAGCAAAAUAUUAGUUAUUCUGACGGAAACCAUAAGUUCGUUUGGAAAUACUCAUAAGACUUUUACGUUUUUAGCAACUCUCUAUUGUAUUACCAGGGAAGCGCCGUAUUACAUCUACUGAAGUGGCGCAAUCUUGAGUACAAAGAUUGCAAAAAUUCAUGAACUGCAAAUAAUUUCUUACUAAUCCUCUUAUUUUGUAUUUGGUUUAAUGAAUACCGAGAUGUUAGAAGAAUUUUUUCCGCACCAGAGUAUCAUAACUAAUCUAACUGAAUGAUUUGUUAUCCUGAAGAUAUAUAUAUGAAAAUAUACUAUGUUUUUCAAGUC